AAACAUUGAAAGCGCCAUUUGCUCUCUUCCCUCCCAUAAAUACCACCAAGAAACAGAGGAUUAAUCCCACAUUUGCAUGGCGUUAACGUGCACCACCGAAUCCGCCACCGCCGCCGCCUGCAGAGGGCGGCGGAGGCUCCACCUCCACUGCAAGCACCGCCACAGAAAGCCCGUCUGCUUCUUCUACGCCGGAAUAUUCCACAAAAGAUACCUUCUUUUCUUGACAAUUCUCUACAUUACUGGUCUGAUCACCUGCGCCGGCCCCCUGCUCAGCCUCCUGCAGCCUCCGCCGCCGCCGCCGCCGGGAGCACUCUACCGCAGCCAGGAGCUUUUCCUCAAGCUCUGGCCGGAGAUUCAGUCGGAUAAUUCCUCCGCCGUUGAGUUGGAUAAUCUAUGGAGGUAUAGAAGAAAGCUGAAAGAGCAAAAGCUUUGUCAAAAUGGUUAUGCUUAUCAGCAACCAGUCUCCCCUGGGAUUCAGCGCUAUCUGGUGAUAGAGGCUAAUGGUGGCCUUAACCAACAGCGCUCAUCGAUUUGCAAUGCGGUGGCUGUUGCUAGAAUGCUCAAUGCUACUCUUGUGAUCCCACACUUUGAUGUUCAUAAAGUCUGGAAAGAUCCAAGUAAGUUUGCUGAUAUUUAUGAUGAGGAUCAUUUCAUAUCCUCCCUAAAAGAUUACAUUAUGGUGGUUCGUAACCUACCAGACGAAUUAAUGGAAAGCUACAAUUCUAGCAUCAGUGCCAUCCCAAGCAUUAAAGUCCCAGCUUGGGCGCCUGCUCGUUAUUACAUGAAUGAGGUUUAUCCCGUCUUGCAAGACACAGGGGUCAUCCGAAUCUCCCCUUUCGCUAACAGAUUGUCGACUAGCAUUCCACCACAAAUUCAGCAUAUAAGAUGUCUAGCAAACUAUAAAGCCCUGAGGUUCUCAUCAACCAUAACGGAUCUUGCAAAAACGAUUGCCAAUCGAAUGACUAAUAAGAGCAUGAGUUAUGGAGGGAAGUACGUUUCAGUUCAUAUCCGAUUUGAAGAGGACAUGGUGGCUUUCUCAUGCUGUGUGUACGAUGAAGGAGAAACAGAGAAAUCAGAAAUGGAGGCAGCGCGUAAAAGGGGUUGGGGGAAAAAGUUCGCUCUCAAAAAUCAGAUUUCUGAGGCUGGUCUAAACCGCGUAAAUGGAAAGUGCCCAAUGACACCAGUGGAGGUUGGUUUGAUGUUGAGAGGCAUGGGAUUUUCAAAAAACACUCCCAUUUAUCUGGCAUCCGGAAGAAUAUACAAGGAGGAUACAUACUUAGAGCCUCUUCGAAAGAUGUUUCCACUUCUCGAGACUAAGUGGUCACUUGCUACUGCUGAUGAACUUGCUUCAGUAAAGGGCUAUUCUUCGAGGCUUGCUGCUGUGGACUAUAUGUUAUGCUUGUAUAGUGAGGUUUUUGUGACCACUCAAGGUGGAAACUUUCCUAAUUUUCUGAUGGGCCAAAGAAGAUUCAUUUACAACGGACACGCCAAGACCAUCAUGCCCGACAAGACCAAGCUCGUAGUCCUAUUACAGAACACGACUACUAGUUGGGAAGGUUUCAAGGAUGAAAUGGAUACGAUGCUAGCAGAAAGUGAUCGGAGGAGCAUAAUGGUGCCAAGAGCUAAAAAGUCGACAAGAAAGGGCUCGAUAUACUCAAAUCCUUUGCCUGAAUGCAGGUGCCUAUGGGAAUCACAAAACUCUACCACAAACUCAGAUUUCUUCUUGUGAGAUGCAUAUACAAAGGUUGAUGCUUUAUAUGUUUCUUUCGCUCUAACAUCGCUUCGACUUUACAAGAAAAGGAGGAGUGAUCUUGCAGAGGGUGAGUGAAUGCUUAAGGUUAGAGGUUGAAGGAAAAAUUGUAGGAGGUGUAGACAUGAUCCAAAGCAAAGGUUUUGGAUUAUUAUUGUUUAGGAUGCUUGUGGAGUUGGAUUUAUUUGUGUAUGUCUCUAGUGAUUGUGAGUACAUAUUAGUCUUAUUUGCCGAGGCCGUCUUUAUUUUAUUCCAUAGCUCUGUUACUGGUAAAGAAUUGAAUCUUAUUUGUUUCAA